UGGUAUUUUCCAGCUAUCCAGCUGAAGCCACCGUUCCUUUGGAGGAUUCAACCGAACCACAAACAAAACGCGCAAUUGCCGUAGAUCGGAGAUAAACCACGAUUUUUCUGCCCAGCGAUGACGGAAGCGCCGCCCAAGAAGCGCAAUGCCUGCGUCAUCGUGCUGGGCGACAUUGGACGCAGUCCGCGGAUGCAGUAUCAUGCCCAGAGCCUCUUGGAGGAGAACUACCACGUGGACGUGAUUGGCUACCUGGAGACGAGACCGCUGGAGGCACUUACCCAACAUCCCUGUUGCCGGAUCCACGAGCUGACCGCCGUUCCGGUGACGAACCUCACGCCCAAGCUGCGACUGCUCUUCAAGGCCUUCUGGCAGACGCUCAGCCCUAUGGCCCUCAUCUCCAUCGGGCGACCUAGUUUCCUGCUCGUCCAGAAUCCCCCGGGGAUUCCCACGCUGAUUGUUUGCUACCUGUAUUGCGCCGUCACCAGGACCAAGCUGGCCAUUGAUUGGCACAACUAUACCUACACCGUGCUAGCGUUGGGCAUGUCAAAGGGGGAGCAGAGUCCGCUCAUCCGGCUGGUGAGGCGACUGGAGCGAUACUUUGGCUCCAAGGCACACACGCACUUCUGUGUGACGCGGGCCAUGCAGGAGGAUCUGCAGCAGAACUGGGGAAUAGGGUAACCCGUUAAAGUUCUCUAUGACCGCGCGCCCUCGCAGUUCCAUCCCAUCGACCUGCCCCAAAAGCACGAGCUGUUCUUGAAGCUGUCUAGGGAUUAUCCCCAGUUCCAGGCCAAGGACACCGACCAGUCCGAUGUGCUGGAGGCCACCGCCCUCACCCAGAAGCUGGCCAACGGCAGUGUGCAAUACAAGCCCCAGCGACAGGCUGUUCUUGUUUCGAGCACCAGUUGGACGCCAGACGAGGACUUUGGGAUACUCCUCAAAGCCUUGCAGGCCUACGAGGAAACGGCGCUAGCAGAGCCCUUGGUGUAUCCCUCGCUGCUGUGCAUUAUCACGGGAAAGGGACCAAAAGAGCACUAUGUGGCGGAGAUCGCAAUGGAGUGGCAAAAGGUGUCGGUAAUCACGCCUUGGCUGGAGAUCGAGGACUAUCCCACUGUGCUGGCCAGCGCCGAUCUGGGAGUGUGCCUGCACUGGAGCACCAGUGGGUUAGACCUGCCCAUGAUGGUCGAUAUGUUCGGCAGCGGCCUGCCAGUCUGUGCCUACGAUUUCAAGUGCCUGGACGAGUGUAAACACGGCGAGAAUGGCUUUGUGUUUAGCGACCAUGUUCAGUUGGCCGAGCAGCUGAGGAUCUGGUUCGAGCAUUUCCCAAAGAAUCCGAGUAUCCUGGAGACGAGGGCCGGUUUCCAGCGCAGUCUUCAGGAGUUCCAGGAAUUGCGAUGGCGGGAGAGUUGGCGCUUUGUGGCUGCUCCGUUCUGGAGUCACUUCUCUAGGGCAUUUCGUGUUGAUUAUUUAACAAAACAUUUGAUAGUUACACGUUAAGACAGACUUUCUAGUUACUAACAAUCCAUUGUGCACAAGGGGCAAUGCAGAUAAUAUAUGUGGUCCCUUAUUU